CGACCGCUGAGCAUGGCCGAUGCGUCUUUCAAAGACGUACCAGAAAUAUUCGAGGUCGAUCUGGGAGAGGCGGUGACCGCGCGAACGGAGGCCCUCUCCACAUUCAGAGAACUUGGUCCUCCGGAUCUCGUACAUGUCGUGAAGAGCGCAGGGCGCAGUGGGCACCGCGACCUCGGGUCAUAUCACUACGUCUCCGGCGUGGACGCGUCUUCCUCUGCGUCGCUAGCAGCCUACAUCAACUCUUUGACGUAUGCUAUCGAGGAUGACGCGGGUUGGUUCACCAAGGGCAGUGGGUGGAAGGUUCGCAACGGGUGCUACUGCUGCUUCAAUGCCUUCUCAAGAGUCGAUGUCCGAGUUGACGUGAAAAUUCCCGGAGGAGUGCACGCGUAUGUCGUCGACUUGCGAGGCGAAAGACACGAAGCGACCCCAGAGAUCUGGCAAGAGACUUAUCUGUCUGCAUUACUCCGUGCUGUCCUCUACUCCGACGACCCCGCCUACUGGCUCGAAGCGUAUCGCAAACUUGACCCAAUAACGACACCUGAGAGCGAACUACGCUUUCUGCAAGCCGCCGAGUCUCUGUUCCAGAAGGGCUGGCAAGUCGGAUCGGACCCCGAGGUACAGGUCGCUACUGUCGUCUCGAAUCACCUCACGAACGCAGUCAUGAAACACUUUGGAGACAGCGGCAGGUUCCAGCAUGCAGCAAACCUCUUCGAGAAGCUGAGUGCGAGGGAGCCUGACGUAUCGUCGUUGCUAGCCAAGGCCUAUAUCGGGAUGAACGAGGAAGUCAAAGCGGUGCAAAUCAUGUCCGCUGCAAUGCGGCAGACACCGCAGUCAUAUACUUUACUCCAUGUGCAGUGCGACUUUCUCAGAUCAAAGGGCAACUAUGAAUGGGCGCUCAAAUUAGCUCGACAAGCCGUCAACUGCGCACCGAGCGAGUUCGUUACGUGGGAGAAGCUCACCGAGAUUUACAUCGACCUUACGAUGUACGAUUCGGCUUUGUUAACGUUAAAUUCGUGUCCUAUGUUCACGUACAACGGCCGAGAUGCCCAUCGUAAUCUUCCUGCUGCCCGAGUACAUCUCCCACCUAAAGGUCAAAUCGUCGACAUCCUUCCGGAGCGGGUAAAGACCGAAGAUGACGAGGCCGAUCCUGCGCUGCUCCGCCUACCCGCACCUGGUCUGCGAGGCACCUGGGCUAGAGCCUACGCGCUGCUCACCCGGCUCGUGUCCAAGAUCGGCUGGGACGAGCUGCUCAAGACGCGAAGCCUCGUCUUCGUCAUGGAGGAAGAAUACCGCCAGCAGAAGGCGCACUCGGAGGGACAGCCCAGCACGUCUUCCACGGCCGUGCACGACGAGGGUUCGGUGGUGCCGGACAGCGCGACGAAGGACGCCGACGACAACGCGUCGACACGCGGCGUGCGCUCGACGAACGGCACGCCGGCCCAAUCCCCGAAGGACUCGGGGUCCAAUGGCGGCGCCGUGGCGGACGCAGCGGACGCGGAUGACACCACGAAUGGCAUCCCGACGAUCCGGCUCUCGACCGAAAGCAGCCGCACGAAGGCGUCAGACGCAGAGCACACGAACGGCGUGACGCAGGUUGGGCAGGGCGAGGCGGAGGCCCUCGAGCGGCCGGUGCAGGCUGCGGCGGGCGAAGGAUCCCAGGAUGACGCGAAGGCUGUGGCGGGCGCGACGCCGUCGGAAGCGUUCAGCUUCAGCAAUAAGCGCCUCUGCGAGCGCUGGCUCGACAACCUGUUCAUGGUUCUGUACGAGGACCUGCGGGUGUGGACCAUCUUCCGUGCGGAGGUGGCACACUUCAAAACGCAGCACGUCGCUUACCGCAAGACGGGCAUGGAGUGGGAGAUUCUCGGCGACCUCGGCGUGCGUCUUCAUCACAAAGAGGAGGCGAAGGAGGCGUAUCAGCGCUGCCUGGAUGGCAAUCGGUACUCUGCCAAGCCGUGGUUGAAGCUCUUGGACAUGUACGCAGAAGAAGGCGAUAUCCUCCGCACCCUGCAGGUCGGCAUCCGGGUCGCUGCCUAUCAGUACGGCGAUUACACAGAGAUGACGUACCCUACGCAGAUCGCACGCUGCCUGUUCAAGCUCGGGCAGAUCCACGGGCAUGCCAAGAUCGAAUACACACUGCUCAGUAUGAGCCUCCCCGAAGCGGUCUUGAAGAUCAUGCAGAGCUUCUUGCACUACGGAAAAGUAUUCAAGGUGGAAGGAUACGACUUUUGAAGCCCCGAACCGACCACCUCUUCCCUUCCUCUUUUUCCCGUUCUUCUGGUCAGUAAUCAGUAGGUAGACACCGUAUUCCACCCCGCCCUCUGUAAUGCUAUUGUUGUUCCCGAGUGGUCCCUAGCCUUUCUUCUCCGUUCCCCUUUGCUUUCAGCUACACUGCUUUGUAGUCCGUGCAAUGGGAUCUGUUUGAGGAGAC